AUUCCUUCACAUACACCUGAUAGAACACAUGAUAUUGCAGAUCCAUAAUGACGCAAUUAUUGGUGGAGGUACUCCCAAAUAUUCAAGCUUGUAACCUGUACAUAACGCUACCGACUGAUAGAGGCCCUUGUCUGGAAAUUACAGCCGAUAAAUAUCUGUGCAUUAUCAAGUUGAGGAAUGGAGAUGAUUUGGCCAUCAAGUUCCCAAAAGGUACAUCUUUAGUACCAGGAACUGUUAGCAAAAUCAUCCAAGAUGGAAGCCACAUAACUGCAAGAGCACAGUUGGAUGAGAAGACAUCUCUCCUCAGUACACUCAGUGCAGACCUCUUGAGUACUGUUGGACCUACCAUUUCGGAUACUUCCCCGACCUUUAGUGAGAUCCUGAAAGAUAAUCUGGUGUCGGCCCAGUGCAAGCAGUGCCGUAGAGUCUUACUUAGUGAUGUGAGGUUUAGGAGAGUCUUACCUUUACCUUCGGUGGACUGGGACCAAGCCUCAGAGGGAUGGUUCUGUCACCUUCAUGGUAGUGAGGGCGAGAAACUCAAACCUUCGUCACUACAGCCUGCAAGUGACGAUUGCUUCUAUUCCGAACUUCAUUUUCUCGUUCAUAAAGAUACGGCAGUGGAUUGUGUCUCUCCAAAUAACAAUAAUUGCGAACUGGCAUGCUGCGGCUGUCAAGCAUCUUUAGGUGUUCGGAGUAAGCAAUCUGUGCUGAAGUUAUGGGCACAUAGUUUAAUGUGGGUGAGAAGUGAAGACAAGCAAAUUCUUUUCGGCAAGGACGUUAGUGGAAUCCUUUUGUCAUUAAUUCAUAACAUUGAUAGAGAUAAUUUUGGAGUGAACUGUCGCCUAGUGUUGAAGGUGUCACAGGAGGAGGAAGCGGCGGCAGAGCCAGAAUUCCUGUAUUUAGUGACAAUGAAUACCAAUCAAAAACUACUCCUGCCCGAAAGAUUGGCUCUGUCAGGAACUUCUGAAAAGAAAUAUAGUCUGUCAGAAAACUCUGAUGAGAUGAAGGCGGACAAUCUCGCUUCCAAUAAGUCAUUUCCUUCCGAGAAGCGACCUCGGGUCCACCAAGACGAUAUCUCGGAAGUCAGCCUUAGGAGAGUUUAUACCAUCAAGCUCCUUUACCUCUUCAAAAGAGGCGAGGACGACAUUACCGGAAGUUGGGUUGACGACGUGAAUGUCCACAUCCUCCCCUGCACCAGGUCAUUCCUCCUGGAGGUGAAGGAUGUGCUCGAGGCCUCGGCUGCGUGUCUGCCGCAGGCUAUGAGAAAGGUGGAAAACAUGAGCGUGGGGUACAUUGUGAAAAAUGCAUAAAUCAAAAGGUUUAUAUGAAAAACAAAACUUGAAUGGCGUGUUAAGAAAAAAAUGCGUUUUGUAAGAAAUGCAGAGUAAUAGCCAAGUAAAAACAGUGUAUUAAUAAGCUUAGUAUGUAUAUGCACGGAAAAAUGUGUGGCAAUUAUAAGACGACCUGUGUUCUUUUGUAAUUUUUGUAUUUUUUCAAGUGGUAUAAUGUUAAAUUUCGUUCCAUUAAUAAAGAAUAAGCCUU